GGGAGGAGCACCAGUCUGCCACCGGAUGUUGACAAACCAAAGGUUCCGUUUCUAGUAGCAUCUACGUCUAGAAGUUUCCUGCCACUCUGAACGUACAGCCCGUCAGGUUACUGCAUUCAUGGCAGCUGAACGCAGCUUCCCUGAUAGCUUCAUUGAUGAAGAUCCACGCAAAGCCCUUGAGGCUCUGAAUGAGGCCUUACAGGGAGAGUCUGACAACGCUGAGUGGUUCUGUCAACGGGCCUAUGCCCACAUUCUUCUAAAGAACUACAGCUGUGCUGUUGAGGAUGCUAAGAAAGCCCAGCAGCUAAAGCCCAGUCAUCCACUAGCCUUCAUGCGAACAGGAAUAGCCGAGUACCACCUGAAACACUAUGAGUCAGCGCAUGCAGCCUUCACUCAGGGACAGCAGCUGGAUGUUUCAGACGGUUCGUUUAAGGUCUGGAUCCAGAGGUGUGAAGAGAUGAUGAGUGAUGAAGCUCAGAAUGGCAGUGUGAAAGCGCAACCGCCAGCAGCUGCACCUGUGAAGUAUGACUGGUACCAAACGGAGUCCCAAGUCAUCGUCACAGUUAUGGCGAAAAACGUACCAAAGGACAGCGUUUCUGUCAACUUCGUGGAAAAAGAGCUCUCUGCAGAGAUGCAGCUGCCAUGUGGGGAGAACUACAACCUCCACCUCCACCUGCUGCACCCCAUCCUCCCCCAGCAGAGCAGCUUCAAGGUCCUCACGACUAAGGUGGAAAUCAAGAUGAAGAAGACUGAGGCCAUUAGAUGGGAGAAGCUGGAGGGAGAAGGGCAGCAGACCAACAUCAAACACUUCAAUCCCGACCCGUACCCCACAUCCUUACACUACACCCGCAAGUGGGACAAGAUGGUGUCGGACAUCAGCGAGGAGGAGAAAAACGAGAAGCUGGAGGGAGACGCGGCACUCAACAAGCUCUUCCAGCAGAUUUACACGGACGGCUCGGACGAGGUCAAACGAGCCAUGAACAAAUCAUUUAUGGAGUCUGCUGGCACCGUUCUGAGCACCAACUGGAAAGAUGUGGGCAAGAGGAAGGUGGAGGCGAGUCCACCCGACGAUGUGGAGCACAGGAAGUACUGAGCGCGUGCAGCUCUCUCUGCUUUCCUCCUCCUGUUUAAAGUCAUCAAGUUGGUUCGUCUGAGCUCCGGCGGGAAUCCCGACGCUCUGCUGCGAGCGUGACAGCCCACCUCUCCUCCUCAUGUCAGUGCUUUUUUUCUUUUUUUUCUUCACUAAGUGCAGGGAGCCAGCGUUCCCACUCUCCCUUUCCCAAACCACAGAUGGCUUAUUCUCUGAAAAAGCUGAUCACUAACUGGGUUCGAUUGAUUUUGAAUAAAGGCCGACAUACAUGAAGGGAAGCAGGUGUAACUGAUAGGCCUGAAACAUCACUUUUAGAAUCGCUAUGUUUCUGUUUUCUCCAAAAGACCUUCCUGUUUGGCAGCCUUUAUCACCUAAUAUCAGUUCUUGUGUACAAAUGUAAAGUUGCUAAUAAUAAUAAAAAGGAUUUUAAAAAUA